AAAAGAUUGAUUAUUUUUAAUAAUCCCUUUUAAUUACAAAUAUGAAAGAACUCUUAGAAGAUGUCUUCUUAGAUUGUAAAAUGGAGUAAGUUACGAUAUAAGAAAUUUAUCUAAAAGCAAUUAGGAGGCUUAAAAAUAUUUAUAAGGAGGAAUUAAAAAGAAUAAAAAAAAUUAAACACUUAAGACAUCUAUCUUUAGGUGAAUUUCAUGAAUAAACUAAAAAUACAUAUCAUUAUUAAGAAUUAUUAUUAGAAUAGUAAAAAAAAUGUAAAAAAAGUGAACCCUAAGAUUUUAAUGAUUAAGUAAUCCUUUCUGUUACACUAACAUAAAAAAAAAACUACCUGAUUAAAACAGAAAAAGGAAUACAUUAUUAAUGUAAAUGUCAUCUAAUGGCAUUUCAAACAAAUUAAGAAUUAGGUGGUCAUCAAAGAACACUUAAAUGAAUAUUCAUAAAAAAUAUC